CAAAUUGUUCAAAAUCCAAUAGCUGCAAGAAACAUGUGUUGUAGAUUUGAGUUAUAUGCAUGGAUGGCAAGUUUCUGGCACGCAGAAAAUGCCUUUGGGAGGACCCCUUUCCAUCCUCGCUGAUAUAUGCCUAUAUUUUGGUGGGGAAAAGAAAACGUUCUCCCAAGAGACUGAGAAGGGCAAAAAGGCCAUGGGAGGAAAAGUUGCCGUUGAGAGUUCAUCAGCAAGAAAAGCUGUUGCUGCUGUUGCAGUAGUAGCUUUGGUUUAUGUGGGCUGCUUUUGGAGCUGUUCUGCAGAAGAGCAAUCCUUAUACUUAGUGUUAAUGGAAGGAGAGAUGGGUGGAGCAAGGAGUGAAUCUUCUCAUGAUCUGCUUCUGCAGGACACCCUUGGAAUUGGAAGCUACAACAAGCUCUACAGCUUCAAACACCUUGUCAAUGGAUUUGCCGUGCACACCACUGCUUCUCAGGUUAAAAAACUGAAGGAUCAUCCAGGAGUGAAGAUGGUGGAGAGGGAUAGAGGGGCCAAACUGAUGACUACCUACACUCCGCGCUUCCUCGGUUUAACUGCUGACAAUGACAAUGACAAUGACGGUGACGAAGAUUUGGCAAUUAAGACAAGGAGAGGGGCAGGGGAGGAGAUGGUGAUUGGUGUUGUGGAUUCAGGGAUCGAUCCAAGGCAUCCCAGUUUCGCUUACCAUCAUCCUAAGUUACCCUUACCAUCUCCUUCUCAGCGCCGAUUUCCCGGGGUAUGUGAGGCAGGCCCUCAUUUCCCGUCCAGCUCUUGCAAUGGCAAGAUUGUGUCAGCUAGAUUCUUCUCUGCUGGGGCUCGCUCCAUCGCUACUCUCAACACUUCUCUCGAUUUUCUGUCACCUUUCGACGCUGUUGGACAUGGCACGCACGUUGCAUCAACUGCUGCUGGGAAUGCUGGGGUUCCGGUGGUGGUGAACGGCUUCCAUUACGGACGAGCCAGUGGAAUGGCACCUUGCGCCAGAAUCGCCGUUUACAAGGCUGUGUACCCAACUGUGGGUACUCUCGCCGAUGUUAUUGCUGCAAUGGAUCAAGCCAUCCACGAUGAAGUAGACGUAUUGGUGGUGUCGGUUGGACCAGACACUCCGCCAGAGGACACCGACGUGACAUUCCUAAGUGUGUUCGAUGUGACCAUGCUAUUUGCACGACGUGCUGGUGUGUUUGUUGUUCAGGCUGCCGGAAACCUUGGACCUGAUCCUUUCACAGUAGUCUCCUACAGCCCUUGGGCUGUGAGUGUGGCUGCUUGCCGCACUGACCGAACUUACCCCGCCUUUCUCGUCCUAGGAGACACUGUCGAUGUGCACCAAUUUGUUAGCGGUGUCGGCCUAUCAGCACCCACGUUAGGAUCGUCUCUGCUGGUGUUGGCUAGGGAUGCAGUGAAGCCCAAUGGAUCUUUCCCAAGGACACCACCCUACGUUGAUGAAUGCCAGCAUCCUGAGGCCUUGGACCCGUCCCUCGUCCAAGGACGCAUUGUUUUAUGCACCUUCUCGGCUGGCUUCUAUGACCAAACCUCCACCCUGGCCGCCAUAACUCAAACUGCUGCACACCUGGGAUUCAUGGGGUUUGUUCUUGUUGCGAAUCCUGCUUAUGGAGAUUACAUUGCACAACCUAUCCCAUUUGAUGCUCCAGCCGGCAUCAUCAUCCCAAAACUCGCCGACACCCAGACCGUGUUAAGGUACUACGAGCAGCACAUCAGCAGAGAUGAGAUGGGACACGUGACCGAGUUCCAUGGACGAGCGAGUAUAGGAGAAGGCAGAGUUGCGAAGUUCGGAGGGAGAGCUCCAAUUGUGAGCAGGUUCUCCUCGAGGGGACCUGAUUAUGCUGAUGCCCAGAGCCAGAGCCGUCAAGCUACUGAUGUGCUGAAGCCAGACAUUCUUGCGCCAGGAGAUCAAGUAUGGGCUGCAUGGAGCCCCCUCAGCGUGUUGGAGCCGUUACUAGUUGGGUACAGUUUCGCCCUGCUGUCUGGGACAAGCAUGGCGACUCCUCAUGUUGGAGGAAUAGCAGCGCUCAUCAAGCAACGCCAUCCUUCCUGGAAUCCUUCCAUGAUCGCAUCUGCCAUUUCCACCACGGCCUCCAAGUAUGACUCCCAGGGGGACCUCAUUUCGGCAGAAGGGCCCGACCUUUAUGGUGUUCAUCCUUCCACCUUCUUCGGAUUUGGUGCAGGCCUCAUUAAUCCUGCUCGGGCGCUCGACCCAGGCCUCGUCUUGUCGUCGAAGUUUGAAGAUUACAUCGACUUCCUGUGCUCCCUGUCCAAUGUCGAUUGGGUCAAGGUCAGGGCUGCUACUGGAGCGUCGUGCAGUCGACCAUUGGCUCACCCAGCUGACCUCAACCUCCCAUCGGUGACCAUCUCUGCGUUGCGAGUUGGACAGUCUGUACAAAUACAGCGGAGUUUCACGAGCGUAGGCAGCAAACCUGAGACAUAUCUCUGCUCCGUCUUGUCCCCAAAUGGAACAUCAGUAACCCUCUCUCCGACUUGGUUCAGAAUCGCUCCAAUGGAAACUCAAGCGAUUCACAUGGAGUUCAAUGCCACACAAGCACUGAAUGCAUUCAGCUUCGGCGAAAUUGUUUUAACUGGAAGUUUGGAUCACAUCGUCCGACUUCCACUGUCGAUUCAUCCCAUUCCUCCAACGUUGUAACUCCUGCGAUGACAGGGAAAUUAAGGGUUGUGAAACCGUACAUACUGAAAAUCAAACCAGUUGGGUUAACCUAUGAGAGAUGCAAUAACAAAACCGAGUGAGUAGUUUCCCUGUAUCAUACUGUUUACCUGCUCAUUGUUAAAUAAUAUAAAGAUACUAUUUACCUGCCAGUAAAAUAGAGAAUAAAUCUUUCUUCAUAUCACAAAACUUGGAGAUUGGGUAUGUGUUUAAUGGACAAAGAAUGAAUACAACAAGAAUAA